AAGGAAUCCCCUCGAGAAAUCGACAUUCGACAGCGAGCACGAUGGCCAAAAAGGCUCUCGUGCUAGCGGUUCUCUGCGCCCGUGCCUUCACGGCGUAUGCCAGCGAUGACCAGGUUUGCUUGGGAGAGUUGGGAUGCAUUCCGCUGAGGGACUGUCCCCAGAGACCGCUGAAUCCGUCGCCCGAUUCUCGAGAAACGAUAAAUACUUCGUUUCUGUUCUACUCUCGGGAUUCCACCGAUGCCAAGACGAUACCGGGGUAUAAAAUCAAAGCGGAUACCCUCCGAAAUACAACGUUUGAUGCUUCGAGACGCACCAUGAUAAUCGUACACGGCUGGACCGACAAUGUGUUCUUAGGGAGAUGGAUGAUACUCAUGAAAGACGCUCUAUUGCGGAAUGGAGACUUCAAUGUCAUCCUCGUGGACUGGACCGGGGGCAAUGGUUUGCCUUACACGAAGGCCUCAGUGAACACUCGAGUUGUCGGUGCCGAGAUUGGGCUCCUCGUCUCCAAAUUGAUGGAUACGUUUGGAAUUUCCCCAUCUUCUGUGCACGCAUACGGACAUAGUCUCGGUGGACACAUUGUUGGUUACGCCGGAAAAUGGUUGAACGGAACUCUGGGGAGGAUAACCUCUCUCGAUCCUGCUGAACCGCUCUUCGAGUUCUGUCCUCCGCCGGCGCGCCUCUCGAGAACCGACGCUCAGUUCGUUGAAGUCGUUCAUACGGACUCGACUUCGUUCGUGCCUCGAUUCGGUCUCGGAAUGGAUCUUGCUGUGGGCGACGUGGAUUUCUAUCCCAACGGCGGCCAACGAAUGCCGGGCUGCGACGUGAAGGGUCGCUUUAUCCAACUCAAGGACAAAAACAUUUUCCAGGGCCUGAGAAUCGUCGGAGCCUGUAAUCACAUGCGCGCAAUCCAUUACGUGACCACCUUUCUUGAAAACUCGGCUAGCAACUCGAAAUGUCUUCCGAUCGCUUUCGCCUGUCAGAACUAUGAGGUCUUCGAAAGAGGUUACUGCUCCGACUGUGGUAGCGAUGGUUCUCGCUGUGCCGUCAUGAGCUUGGAUGGUGGAGGGAACGAACGUGAACUCACGGAGAGGCUGAACGACACUGUCCGUAUGUAUUUCAAAACGGGUCCUACGAGUCCUUUCUGCCUGUAUCACUACAAUGUCGAAUUGAAGAUGCUGAGGGACUCGAAGAACAAGUAUGCUCGAGAGGUGUCGGGUGAGGUUGCGAUCACUAUCAACAUGGAGGGAGAGAAACCACGCAGCUUUGAGCUGAGGCAAGAAAACGGGGAUGACUUCACACCAGGGGCGGCGUACCGAUACCUGAUAACGUCAGACACCCCUCUCGAAGGCGUGACUCACAUAACGCUCACCUAUCGGAGCAACAACUUCGUUUUCCCGCCCCCACUCGUCUUGAAAUACCUGAAGUUCACCCCGAUGACGGCCAUAACGACGAGGAUGGAUCUGAAAAAACUCAGCAGGAUGUUCUGUCCCAAGACCAGUGCCGUGGAGAGCCGCUCAACGAUCAAACUUUCGGAGGAAUUCUGUUAGGGGCAAAAUCUCCGUGGUACAAUCAGGGCAGCUACGUGUAGGGAAGUAGGACAUGUCGCGACUCGAAUCUUCGUCUUCGACAUCUAGCCUUCCCCCGAAUCCAAUGACUGGAGAAUAAAGCGUUCUUAUUAUUUGAAGAAACUGA